AAUGGCAAGCAUCCAAGUUGUUCGCUACACUCACGGUUCCUUUAGAAGCUAAAGUUAUUCCCACUGUUUCCUUUGUAUGCCCCGGACUCGCUCCCUCAUGCUCACCUUCCUUUAAUCAUGCAAAAGCGGUAUUUGAGAAGCCGCAGCCAUUCACAACGUAGUGGAAGCAACCAAUCACUUGCAGUAUCCCGCAUAGUGAAUCGUUCACCCAUAAGUAAGAGCGAGAAAAGGAUGUCUGGCAGCGUCGUUAACGCGUCGCAUUUGGCACAGUCACCGCGCAAACAGAGUAGACUUCUUAUAUAUGGCUUCUUUGGUACUGUUGAUGACAACUCUUCAUUCGUAGGUCGCUCAGUAGCCGGAUCAAACCCUCAGGUGUCUAACAAUGCAAUCCCAGAACUUGCCGAGCCUUCACCUCAGAGUUACGACCAAAAGUCUGCGGAAAACCCUCCUGCAGUAUGGCCUCGAUUGCGUUGUUAUGUGGACAUUCCACCAAGGAAGCGUCCAAGGAAGGACCAGGCCAAUCAGGACAUGAAUGUUAUUGCUGAUAAUUCGUCGAAGAACACGGCCACCUCUAGACCACAUGGCCUUCUGACGCCAGCCUCGUCCAUCAUGGAGAUGGCGGAUCGUCCUGUGUCGGGACCUUCAUCUUCUGGCUUAAAGCGUCAGAGAAGUGCCUCGCCAGCCGAUUCGACUUUCAGUUCGCCCUCGACAAGUGUCAGAGCGACAAUCAUACUUUCAGAUGAACUCGAAGUUGAUGCUUCUAAUCAUGCGGGCGCGGAUGAAGAUGUCGAGUUUGAUUAUGAACUUGACAAUCUCACCGAUGCAUCUGACUUCCAAAUGUUGGACGCGAAUGAAAUGGGUUCUUUUUCAUUACCGGACGUGUCCUUCGAAUAUGGGGGGUCAAGUCUUUACGUACCGGCUGGAGUUGCACGGUUGCUAGAAAAUAUGAAACGGACAUUGGAGAUGGAACGAAACGCGCGUUCUAAAGCCGAAGACCGUCUCAUGGAGGAAACGCAGAAACGCGUCGAAGCUGAAGAGUUCAUUGCGAAGCUGUUACUUGAGAGACAUCACAUCUCUUCUGAAAACGAAUCGUUCAUGGAGGCUUCUGUCGAUGCGAUGGCCACUAGUGCUCUGUCAGCUACAAGAGCAGUGUUUUCCAAGUGGGCAGACAAACUGGAAGGGCGGUUAUAUGAAGUGAUGCAGGCCGCGGCAGACAGAUCAGAAGAUGAGGUCUACAACGUCCUUUCAUCCACACUCGCAACCAAUCCUGCACAGUCGUCAAUAUCUCCACAGACAGGAGAAGCUAACGGAGAUGAACCUGUGCGAGACACAGCAACUGAGGGUCUAAACUCACCUAUACCCCAAACCGAAGGCUCAUGAUGGGGGCACAAUCUACCCGAACGCAAAAUUGCUCCUGGAGCAAUAGGCUAACACACACGGAUACCUGCCUAGGAGUCUGUAUACCAGAGCAAAAGUAUACAUCGUCAUCCAAAGUAAUCUAGACAGGAUUCGAAUAUAUUGACAAUUAUCGAUUGACAUAAGAGAACGUCCAUUUGGUCCGUUUGGUGGUAUUCGUAGUAGGUAUACACAGGAUGUUGUUUGAGUAGGAUAAUAAUGCAAAGUAUUGGAUAUAGCAACAGUUGACUUUGGCAAGAAAAGAUGUGAGAGGAAACGCGAGAGAGAAUUAUUUCGUAAGCUAUGAUUCAUGAAAAAAUGCCUUCAAUCUUGA